AUGGGCCGGGCUAUAUUUACGAAUAUCAUUUUACCUUGUGGCAAACAAUGUGAAUUUAAAGUCAUUUUUUAUGUUGCUAUUUAUCAAUCUCAGGUAUGCGCUCUAUCCAAACGCGCUGUGCUGGUUCAAUCUUCGGAUAUGCUGACCUAUAAUGAGCUUCAGCCAUUGCCACUUCAUCAACAGAGCGGUGGCAGUUACAACAACCACAACACCAAUGGCAAUAACAACAACAACAUGGGUGGAAGCACUGCAAUCGCCUCGAAGGCAUCACAACCUCAAAAUAUUAUCGUGAAUUCAGGACUGAGCUAUGAGGAUGUCCUUAAUGAUGAUUUUCAAUUCGAUAUGGAUGGCCAUGAUGUGAUGGUCUUUCUGCAUAUACAAAAAACAGGAGGCACAUCAUUUGGUCGGCAUUUGGUCAGAGAUUUAGACCUUAAGCGUCCCUGCGAAUGCCAGCGACAGCGUAAACGUUGCUACUGCUUCCGUCCGCAUCGUAAUGAGAAUUGGCUCUUCUCACGCUAUUCGACUGGUUGGAAAUGUGGCCUACAUGCCGAUUGGACCGAACUAACCAGUUGUGUGGAUGUGGAGCUGGACAAAAAUGAAGGAGAAACGGCGAAACGACGUUAUUUCUACAUUUCCCUGCUGCGUGAGCCCAUCUCCAGAUAUAUGUCAGAAUAUCGGCAUGUACGACGUGGAGCCACAUGGAAGGGAUCGCGUCACUGGUGUCUGGGUCGCCAGGCCACGGCUAGUGAGCUGCCACCUUGCUAUAAGGGCAAAGAUUGGCUAGAUGUUGAUCUGGAUCAAUUCGCUGGCUGUGAAUCAAAUUUGGCUGCCAAUCGGCAAACCCGCAUGCUGGCGGAUCUAGCCUUAGUUGGUUGCUAUAACAAAUCCUCAAUGCCUGCCCACGAAAGAGAUCGGGUAAUGUUGGCCAGCGCAAAGCGUAAUUUGGCUGCUAUGGCAUAUUUUGGACUGACUGAAUAUCAAAAGAUGUCCCAAUAUAUAUUUGAAGAGACAUUCAACCUGCGUUUUGCCAUACCUUUUGAGCAGCAUAAUACCACAAUAUCGGCGACAGCUGUGCAAAAUUUGCGACACGAUCAGAAGCGUCGCAUCGAAAAGCUCAAUAGCCUGGAUAUAGAGCUUUAUGCAUAUGCCAAGAAUUUGCUUUUUCAACGUUUUGAACGUCUGAAAGCAAAAGACACAAAUUUCGAGCAACGUUAUGCCAAUCUCGGAAAUAUCUACUUCAAGCAAGGUGUUACGGAAUUCAAUUGGGAUAGCAAUCUGGAAGAUGCAAUCAGUACGGAUCAUUGAAGUUGAAACCAAAAAUUAAUAUUUAGCAUUUAGAAUUAAUAUACUCAUUAAUAUCUAUGUUAACGGCAAACAAAGAAACGAAAUGGCUAAAGGCCAGAUGAAGAAAAACAACACAAAGGACUUUAAAUUAGUUAUUAAGCAUUAAUGUUAAUUAUAUAUAUAUUUAACUAUUAUUUACACAACAAAAAAUACAAACAUUUAAAAUCAAAAGCAGAAAAAACAUGCAAAUUAAGGUAAUGGAAAGCAAAUAUCCAUGGCUUGUCUCAUAUAAUUUUAAGUUGAAAAACAAAAACCUACAGAAACCUACAUUUAUAGUAAAGCGAAAUCUCUGUGCGCGUAUUCUAUUAUAACUAAAUUUAAGCGAAAACAAAGCAACUUCAUCUCUACACUAAAACUAAACCUAUUCUUAUAACUAUACAUAGCAUAUACAUAAAUACAUAUAUUCUUCUUCGCUAAUAAGUUAAACAAAAAAAAAACUCGCAAAUACAAAUGAAAACAUCACAUUGCACUUAUUGUAAAUAUAUUUCGAUAACUCUUCAGCCAUAAAUUCAAUUUAAUUGUAAACUGCAUUUGCAUUGAAAACAAAAACGCAACACGCCAUAGUUUAGUUUAACACGUUUAAUUUUUAUGAGUUUUCUAUUUUGUUCCAUUUUAAGUUUAAAUUUAAAUUUUUGUUGUUAUGUCAAGUGUCUCUGCAAAGCCAAAUCCUCACAAAUAAGUUUAAGUGAUUUUCGAUUCAAUAAAGCAUUUAUAUUUACUUUAA